AAAUGUCAAACGGAUGUCAAAAUUACUUAUUUGAGGUUAUGGUUGAAAAAUUUUGUUUUUAUUUAUAACUCAAAAUUCAGUAAAUUUAUAUAAAUUACAGUUGAAUUUUUGUGAUUGUGGUAUAAAUUUGAUGUUUAUGCAGUUUUUUGUGUAUGUGCAGCGUUUAUUUCUGUGUUUAUGAUUUUACGACUUUACCGAAUUGAAUUCACAUUCAUUCUAGCAGCGUUUCCUGCAUUUUUGUAAUAUCUAUCAACGAAAUAAUGGGGAAACAUGCAGAGUGGAGAAAAGAUGCAAAAAAAGCUAGAAGGAAACGAAUUCGACAGUCCAUAGCUAAAAAUAAACAUGAUCUGGAAGAAAAAGAACGACAACAACGUGAACAGUCUCCAACGUACAUACAGCUCCUUCAGAAACACGAACAGGAAGAAGCGUUUCAAAAAGAAGAGGAAGCCAGGUUGAGACUUAAAGCUGAACAGCGUUGGUUGAAAAUUGAAGAAGAAGCUCAAAAGCAGUGGCGUGAAUUGCAAAAGAAGCUUGAAGAGGCGCGUGAAGAGCGAAUACGACAAAAUCUGCUUAUUAAAUUGGAGUGGGAAAGAGAGCAGCAAAGAUUAAAAAAGAUAAAAGAGGCCAAAGAAAGGGAAAGGGAAGAAAAUGAAAGAAAGCAGCAAUUGCUUGAACAAGAAAUUGAAAACUUCAUCGCUCAUGGAGGAUCAACCCCAGAACAUUUAAAGCAGAUAAUUCAAAUGAAUCCAAAUAAACCAACGUGUCCAUUCUUUCAGAAAACGGCUGCUUGUCGUUUUCGAGAUUCAUGUUCUCGUAAUCACAUUAAACCAUGUGUCAGUCGAAUACUUCUUAUACCGAAUUUUUAUUCACACUAUAGUCUUGAACAAGUAGAAACAGAACACGGCGAUUCUUCCUUGGAAUUUGAAAAUUAUGAGACAUAUACGCAUUUUAAGGAAUUCUUUUUUGAUGUUUUACCAGAACUGGAGAAAUGUGGAAAAAUUAGACAGUUCAAAGUAUGUUGUAAUCGUGAGUCUCACUUACGUGGUAAUGUUUAUGUUGAGUAUAGUUCAACGAGAGAGGCAGUAAAAGGUUUUCGAACAUUUAAUGGACGUUGGUACGGCGGUAAACAAUUGAAUGUUGAAUUUUGUAAUAUUGAUUCAUGGAAAUCAGCAAUUUGUGGGUUGCACAGUAGAAAGAGAUGUCCCAAGGGGAGUUCUUGCAAUUUUUUGCAUGUGUUUCCCAAUCCACAUAAUUUGUUUCAUCAAGCUGACCAUGAUGAGCAUCGGAGUCCUAGAAGUACAAACAGGUUAGAAUCAGAAGAACGUAACUGGAGGUGGUCCGAAUCGCCUGAACGAUUUACAACUACAGAUGAUAAAAAGGAGAAAUCGAAGUAUGAAAAGUAUGCUCGAAAUGGUACAAGGCCCAGAAGACGGUCAAGGACUCGAUCACCAGGCCGAAGAUAUUCUAAAAGCAGAAGUAGCAGUAGUAGAAGAGAAAGUAGAAAAAGUAGAAGUUGUAAGAAAAGUUAAUAAAUGAGAUUAUAAUGUACUGUUUUAAACUCCUGUUAAUAAGAUAGAUUGUGAAAUAGA